GGACUGGGACUUAGACUUUUUUGAGAAGUUAUGCAGAACAGUUGCCCAUUUUUGUAAAUGAGAAGCUCCCGACUAACAUUAGGGUCUAUACAUACGGUAUAUUGGCAAACCUACGGUUAAUCGAACAGGCAGCUAACAUUUUUACUUCAGUGGGUGUAACUUCAGUGCCCGAGGACAUACUGGCAUCAGCGGAUAUGAAAAUGAAUGACAAGCUGAAAGAGGUGCUGAGAAGUCUUAAAAGUUACCUGAGUAAACCAAACUCUGAAUGUGAGGGAAAUGCAGCAUCGUCUGUAUCCAAGAAGAAAAAGAAGAAAAAGAAGAAGGAAAAGAAGGAAAAGACAGAAAAGCAAGAAGAUCUAAAUGAUGAAGUUUCCACUGCAACAACUGAUCCAACAACAAAAGUUCCUGUUUUAGAAUCAACUUCAAAUGUAAAGCCUUUUGACAACAGCGUCAUUGAAAAAGCAGAAAAACAAAAAUGGCUUCCAAUCAGCGAGAGGUGGAAGGAGAAACUGGAGAAACUUGUUGGCUCAGAUGACAGUAAAAUAUCCAGAAUCAGAAGCAUUAUUUAUGUGAAAGAUGCAGAAUUCAGAAUAGCGAAGGGAAGCGAUGGUACUGAAGUCUUCUUGGGGCUGAGAGAGGACGGCACAGAAGUUGCCAUUAAGAGAAUGUCUAAAAGCAACUAUGACGAGCUGAAGAACGAAGAAGUAAUUCUACGACAUCCAGAACUCGAUCAUCCUUAUAUCGUACGAUAUGUUGAUGCUGCAGAGGACGAGAACUUUGGAUAUCUUUGUCUGCAACUUUGUGAAUACACCCUGGAAGAAUAUAUCAAGAAUGAUGACCAUGAC